AUGGGGAGCCUCAGGAACAUUAUGAAUGUCGAAGACGACCACGCCGACUCUCACUCCAUAAGAAGGGACCGAAGGCCAACUUCGAGAACCUCCAUCGAUCAAGAUCUCUCCGUUCCCAUGCCCAGAUAUAGCAUCCCUGUGGAUCUAUCCAGCCAAACAUCUCUUCCUCACAUCAUUCACCCCGCAGCACAACCCCUGGGAUAUAAUAACCAUCCUGGAGGCCGUCGACGCAGCAACACUAGCACUGACUCCAUGGACUCUUCCUAUGGGCAGGGUCAGAACCAUUCAUCAGCAUACUACACCGGAGCGAACAUGAGGCCCAUCAUACCAGGAGGCUCUUCAGGGGAGCACCCUGUCAAGCUGACGCCCAUUACUGGGAGAGUUAGUCGGGCUAAGAAGGGAGUUCCUGUUCAUACGUGUGAUACCUGCCGACCACCAAAGACAUUCACAAGAGCAGAGCACCUAAGACGACAUCAAUUGGGUCAUCAGCCACCCGAGUUAUCUUGCACAGUCUCUGGUUGUAAGAAAGUGUUCCACCGCAAAGACCUAUUGGACCGACACCUUCAAAGGCAUGGCGAACAAGAAGGUAGACUGAAACGAGACUCAUCCCGACGGCGGCGAUCUGGCAGCAGUCCAGCUCGACCUUACAGCAGUUCACCACCAGCACCCUCAAUGCAAGCAGCCUCACCUUAUGUCGCCGCUGCUACAACGCCUGCCUCUAAUAUGGGAGUAGUCGCUGGUCACUGGUCAUCAGUCAACAGAUCGACGCCGCAAGGAAGCGUAAUGCAAUCGCCGCACAUGCGAGAUACACAAAACACAUAUCAGAUGGCAGAUAUCGGUGUGGUCGAUCCCAGCAUGGCCGUACAGAUGCCGAAUUCCAGAGUUGUCUCUGGUUUCAACGAAGCUCCUCCUACUGGACUUAGCGCGCUGAACCCCCCCGUCCCCGAGCUCUGCAUGCCUGAAACUACUUCACCAAGCAUCACCUGGACGGAUAGCUCGGGCAUUCCAUCAACUGCUCCAGGAAGUGCUUACUCGACCCCUGCACCUGGCAGCUCCAAGUUUCAACAUUCGACUGGUCGAGCUCACAACGCUGAAUGGACAGGGCAAAUUCCAUCAUAUACCACAUCUCCAAGCCCCGUCAUCACCGAUGGCAGCUACGCCAUGCCUUUUGCUUACGCUACUACCCCUCCGCAAGUUUAUGCCUCAGUCUAUGGGGAUAACAUAGGGACUCCCUUUCAUACCUAUGAACACGCCCCAAAUCUUUACAGCCCACAUCAAAUGCUCGACACUUCAGUCCGCAGCAUGAGCCCGCCACAGCUGAUCGUGGGCCAGUCAAGUGAGACUCUGAUCGCAGCGCCGUCUGCGCUACCUGUGGACCGCAUGAUGUAUCCUCGCAAUAGCGGCCGCGAGCCUGUAGAUGCUCUUGGCCUAUAUACGUUGAUGCCAGCGCCUACAGUUUUAAGUCAGCAAAUUCGAGACAUGAUUCCAACUUACAUCGAGGUAUACUGGGAUAAAGUGCAUUCCCAGCAUCCAAUAAUCCACAGACCAACAUUUGAAAAUACUACGAAUGUACCCGAAGAUCAACUCGAGAUACUCAAGUGCGCCAUGGCCGCUGUCGCCACUCAAUUCCUCGAGCAUGUAGAACAUCGCUCCAAUGGACACCAGCUGCAUACCUAUGCAAUGGACAAGGCAAAGAUGUACACCGACUCUGGAGCUCCAGAAUGGCCGGUUGUGCAAGCUACAAUUCUAGGCGAAUAUUAUGCUGUCUUCCGAGGAAGGAACAAGAAGGCAUAUCAAAAAUCGCCUCGCUUUGAGGCACUCUACCAAAUGGUCAUCAACUCACAAACCACCUACCCAUCGAACAUAGAAUCGUGCGACGCUUCCCAACAAUGGAACAUUUGGGUUCAUGUGGAAUCAAGGAGACGCCUAUUGGCUGCCUGUUUCCUUCUUGACGUCCAUGCGUCGUCCUAUUUGGAACAACCUCGUGCUGCGAUUAUUGGCCUGGACUAUACAGACCCUGCGACUCUUCCAGUGCCGCUGUCAAUGGGCACGCUACAUCUAUGGGACGCACAAAAUUACGAAGAAUGGAGUCGUAUGAGCCAAGCAGCUAUGCCAGAGACUAUUGGAGCGACGAGUCUUGAGCAUAUCUCUGCUGCUAAUAUUGCAUCGAUCCCUGCCUUUGAUGCAUCGCUGUUUUUGCUCGCAUUCGUUCUGCAGCUCCCACAACGACAAUCUCUUACAAAGAUUGAUCUUUUGGACAAUGCUUCAAGUAUUAGCAUGAGUCAUUUCAGAAUCAUGAAUCUGUUCCCAGAUUCACCAGUUGCAAUGUCACAUCUUGCCCUUCAUUAUACUCCUCUGCAUACCCUCCUGUCAGUCUCCGGCGACAGCUGGGUUUUCAACAAAAAGGUGCUCCAAGCCACCGACUUCAUGGAGCAUCAGAGAGAACUUGAAAAAUGGCGAGACUCCGGCAGUGCCGCUGUCGCGACCGCAUUUGCCUCUCGAGCACUCAACCUAUUCCUUGGCCUCUCGAGAUAUGCGACCAAGGAUGGAAGCGCCUCCUCCAUACCUCCACGUUUCCAGCGCGCACAGCAAAAGGACAUUUCCGACUUUUGGGGCAUCUAUGUCUGCGCUCUCAUCUGCUGGGCCUUUGGACACAUCGGCAUCAGCCGCACUGAGACAAAGGCGCCAACUCGGAAAGCCGCCAUACAAUGGCUGCUUGACGUUUCGAGUAUGGAGCCGGGCCAGAUCGAGGAAAUGACUGUGCGGGAUAAGCAAGUUGGAUCCGGCGCUGUGAGCCUUGCGCGCGCGGCGCUCGAGAAGGAUUGUCUGGGCGGACGAAAUAUCUUACUUGCCGAUGCUGUCGGUGUUUUGAAGAAACUUGAAGAGGGUGAUAACUAUAGACGAUUUUAG